ACAGGUCACAAGUCAUUGCCUUCAGCUAAAGUGAUUAUGACCCAAGGAAAAGGGUGGUCACCUGACAUGAAGAUCAUUUACAACAGAUCUUCAACCACACCACUUGCAGGGUUCAGGAGUGGGCUUGGUGAUACCUCUCGUCGUACACGUCAACGUAUUUUGGGCACUGCUUCAAAUCAGCAGGAUCUAGAGACAUCUUCUGGUUCACGUGAACCUUCAACAAGUUCUUACCAUAGUGACAACUCAACCACAUCUAUUGCUAACCCUUAUUUGGGCAGUGGGAAUCCAACUCGAGACAUGGGGCGGUUAGAAGUAUCUCCCAGACCACAGUUUCAGCUGCCUGGCAAGUUUGCAAGGCCUCCACCAUCCAUCUCUGGAGACAGCUCUUCUGAAUUCUCUGAAGGAGAAAGUCGAGCAGGUUCUCGAAGAUACUACCACCCUCGGAAGUUGUACCGCAUGUCAGAAAAUGGGAAAGACUUUCUUAUAACUACCAACAAUUUCUACUCCUCUGAAGCUUAUGAUUCGGGUUUUGGCCCAGAGUCGUCUGAGACUAGUUCAGUGGUGUCAGGAGACGAUCUGAAAGAAAUGAAUGAGUUUGGAAAACCAAAAUUAAAGGAUAGAGUUGAAGCUCAUGGGCACAACACAAGAGAAACCAACACAUAUUCAGUAUCUUUCAAUACUAAUGCAUCAACUCCUAAAUCAGCAAAAAAAUUGAAACUGCCAUCAACAGAUCGAUUUGGAAGAAAGACGACAUCAACCAUUUGUCACAAAUCUCAGAGUACAGAAAAUUUGUACUCUGGCAGAUACAGUGAAAAGUUGCAGGUUUAUCGGCAAAAUUCAUCCGGAUAUGGUCGAAAAGGACGACGAUCUUCGACAGAUUCAUCAAACUGCACACCACCUAUUUCAAGGAAUUUUUCUCAGAGUGGUGACAUGAGUGAAAUUGGCUCUUCGUUAUUAAGAAACUCACCUGGACAGUUUUCCUACAAACCACCAACAAAUGUUCGACCAAAAGUAGACACAGGGAGUAAAACUUGGGCGUUCAGGCAGCGUCCAUCCAGAAAAUCUGUAAGUCCUGAUAUUUAUUGUCAUUCUUCUGGAGGAAGCACCACUCCAUCUCCCAAUAAAACAGUCAUAAAACUGAAGACCAGAAGUGCAGAAUCCAGCCUCCAUUGUAGUCCUAGAAAAGAAUCUUCCACCAAACCCACGGCUAGCAAGAUGCAAAGUCUCUUAAAAGACAUUGAUUUAGGUACAGAUGAUCAGUUCUUAAGUGAAAUGCAAAAAUUCAUACAUAGCUAUAGAGAAAAAAUUGAGAAAAAACUGAAGGAAGAACAAGAUGAUACACCUCUAACCUUUAAUGAUAACACCUCCUCGACACCAGCCAUGAUCUACUCUCCCGAUUCGGAUCAUCCUUCAAGUCGAGGAUCUAGUUGCAUCCAGCUGUCUCCAAAAAUUCGUCCCAGGCGUGGGAGUCAGGGUGGGUCUACAAAAAUUCCUGUACCAAUGUGGUAUAACAAAUAAAUUGUGCAGUUCUAAAGGACAGUAAUAAAAAUGAUUAAAUAUGCUUAGCACCCUGUUGUGUCUUCUUACUCUAGAACGUGUCCACCCCAGUCAAGCAAGUAGCUACCACCCACAACAAUUCUACACAAUUAUAAUAUCAGAAGCAAAUAGCCUAACAUUGUAAAGUAGGGAAGGAAAUCAGUUUGUGAAAUAUCUCAUCAUAAACAGAAAGUCAGGUGAAAGCAAACAUGCUAAAAAUAACAACAUUCCAAAGUUUGAACAUCGGAUUGAUUUCUACUACCUUUUGUAAUGGCUCAGUACCGAUAACAUAACAGAGUUUUGUAACAAGAGAUCAAGAGUAACUGUACCAUAAACUAACGCAAAAUUUAAUAUGUUCCACUACUUUGCUGUUGAAUAUCUUUCCGCGAUUCCAAACUGUACAGUAAGUUACCAGCUCAGUAUUAUAAACCUGGCUUUCCGUCUGGAGUGAAUAUACUAUUACCCUGAUUCCUUUUAAAUAAAUAACUCUUGAUAUUCAUUAUGCUAAAUUUGUUAUAUCAAUAUCACACGUGUCUAAUAAACAGUGCUAUUUUGGUUUUUAUCA